UCCUCAAAAAAACCCAUAAACAAUACCCUCUCCUCCUUCCUCUUUUUUAUUUUUUUAUUAUCUCCUCUCACCAAUCAGAGCUCUCUGCUUCCAUCUUCAAAAAUAUAGAAAUUAUAACCAUGAAAGGUGAAUACGGUGACACCAAGAGUGAAACUACCCAGAACAUGUUCUCCAAGCUCCACCAUCAUACCCACAACAACAACAACAACAACAACCCACAACACCAUCACCACCACCCCCAACAGCAGUUCCACCACCAGUUCUCCAACCCUUUUCAGAUAACUCCUGUCAGUCGUGAAUGUCAACAACCUCAGACUUCUGAAGAAGACACUAGCAGCGGCACCGCCACCAAGCCACUCAUUUCCGACCCCAACAACCCCAUCUCCGGCGACGGCGCCACCAUUGAAGUCGUCCGCAGGCCCCGGGGCCGCCCCCCCGGCUCCAAGAACAAGCCCAAGCCGCCGGUCAUCAUCACCCGCGACUCCGAGCCCGCCAUGAGCCCUUACAUUCUCGAAGUCCCCGGCGGCAGCGACAUCGUCGACGCCGUGUCACGUUUCUCCUGCCGCAAGAACAUUGGCCUCGUCAUACUCACCGGCUCCGGAACCGUCGCCAACGUCACUCUACGUCAGCCCUCGUCUACUCCCGGCGCUACUGUCACCUUCCACGGCCGCUUCGACAUCCUCUCCAUCUCCGCCACGUUCCUUCCGCAAACGACGGCGACCGGUCCUAUCCCCAACGGCUUCACCAUCUCUCUCGCCGGGCCGCAGGGCCAGAUCGUCGGUGGACUCGUCGCCGGGGCCUUGAUAGCUGCCGGAACUGUUUACAUCAUCGCCGCGUCGUUCAACAACCCUUCGUACCACCGGCUGCCGGUGGAGGACGUGGAGGCGCCCAGGAACUCGGUUUCAGGAGGGGAAGCUCAGUCGCCGCCGCUCUCGACUGGCGGAGAGAGUGGGGGUCACGCGCCGGCGCAGUCUUGUGGGAUGGCCAUGUACAGCUGUCACUUGCCUACUGAUGUUAUUUGGGCUCCGACUGCAAGACAACCACCGCCUCCGCCACCCUACUGAUCCAUCGAAACAAGUUUUAGUCUCUUUUACUCUCUUUUCUUUCUUGGAAAUGACAUGGGCACUCCAAGAACUACUCACUGCACUCCUGCUACUGCUGCUCUCUCUCACAUACAUACAUGAAGCUAAAGAAGAGUGUAGAUUGUUGUUGUUGGAGUGAUGAUGACAUCUCCUUCUUUCUUUCUUUUUCAUCUUCUGGGUUAAUUUCAUGGGGAAACUUACUGGGAAUUUAGAAUUUAAGCUUGGUUAUUACUUUCAUCUGGGUACUGUUUAAAUUUCCUUUGCAAAUUUUUUGUAUGUUUCAUGUUAAUUAAUCUAGAUGGUAAUGGUGGUAAUGUUAAUGCUAGUGUUUAGUGCUAAUGUUCAUUGGUUUUUGAUUGGAGAAAUUUGAAAUUUUUCAUUGAGUAAUUUGAAAUGCAAUAGAAUGCAUGUGAUUGAGUGUAAAAUGCAUGUGAUCGAGUGGGUUGCAGAGGGGAGUGGUUUGAUGGGUUCGUCAGUUUUGAUGUGUAGUGUG